UUUAUUGAUCUGUUUCUUAGUUGUGAACUCUUUCUAGAAGCUUGAGCAGAGAGAAUGACACAGUCAGACAAAGCCAAAGGUUCAUCUGAGAAGUACAUGGAGUUUUCUACAGCAGCCAACCCAGAGAAUGGACUCUCCCAAAUCCUGAGGCUUGUGCUGAAGGAGCUGGAUCUGUUCUACAGUCGUGACGUGAUGGGUAUGAGUCUGCUGUAUGAUCUCCUUCACACGCCCUGGCUGCAGGCACUGCUGAAGGUGUAUGACUGCCUCCAAGAAUUUAAAGAAAAGAAAUUUAUUCCCCACAGCCUCCAUGCAAAGGCCUUGUCCUGUGAGGUUGCAGAGAUAUUACAUGAAACCCAUAGUUCCCCUGAGAUCCAAGAGCUGAGGCAAAUCCUCCAGGGUCCGCACUUUAAGGCCUUACUUAGUGCCCAUGACACUGUAGCCCAGAAAGAUUUUGAGCCCAUUCUCCCUCCACUGCCAGACAAUAUCCCUGAGAGUGAGGAAGCCAUGAGAAUUGUCUGUCUCGUGAAAAACCAACAGCCUCUGGGAGUAACUAUCAAGCGUCAUGAGAUGACAGGAGACAUCCUUGUGGCCAGAGUCAUCCACGGUGGGCUGGCAGAGAGGAGUGGUUUGUUAUAUGCUGGGGACAAGCUGGUGGAAGUGAAUGGCAUUUCAGUAGAGGGACUGGACCCCGAGCAAGUGAUCCAUAUUCUGGCUCUCUCUCGUGGUACAAUCAUGUUCAAGGUGAUUCCAGUUUCUGACCCUCCCACUAAUAGCCAGAAGAUGGUGUACGUUCGUGCCAUGACCGAGUACUGGCCCCAGGAAGAUCCCACCAUCCCCUGCAUGGAUGCUGGGCUGCCUUUUCAGAAGGGAGACAUCCUCCAGAUUGUGGACCAGAAUGACGCCCUCUGGUGGCAGGCUCGGAAACUCUCAGACAUUGGGACCUGUGCAGGCCUAAUCCCUUCUAACCACCUUCUGAAGAGGAAGCAACGGGAGUUCUGGUGGUCUCAGCCGUACCAGCCUCACACCCACCACAAUUCACCCAUAAUGAUUUCUAUGGAAGAAGAAGAUGACAUGAAAAUUGAUGAAAAGUGUGUGGAAGCAGAUGAAGAAACAUUUGAAUCUGAGGAGCUUUCUGAAGACAAGGAGGAAUUUGUGGGCAAUGGUCAGAAGCUCUUUGUUGCGGGCUUCCGCCGCAGCAUGCGCCUUUCCCGCCGCCAGUCUCACCGUGGCGCCCAGGCCUGCAGUGCAGCGUACGAGGACGUGGCGAGGUACCAGCGAUGCCCCUCUGACAAGUACCGCCCCAUCGUGCUCGUGGGACCUUCUGGUGUUGGAGUAAAUGAACUGAGAAGACAACUUAUUGAACUUAAUCCUAACUGCUUUCAAAGUGCUGUGCCACAUACAACUCGUUCCAAAAAGAGUUAUGAAGUUAAUGGACGUGAAUAUCACUAUGUGUCAAAGGAAACAUUUGAAAACCUCAUGUAUAGUCACAGGAUGCUGGAGCACGGCAAGUACAAAGGCCACCUGUAUGGGACCAGUGUGGACGCAGUGAAAGCAGUGCUUGAGGAAGGCAAGAUCUGUGUCUUGGACUUAGAGCCUCAGUAUAUUCAAAUGGCUCGAACUCAUGAACUGAAACCUUAUGUCAUAUUUAUAAAGCCAUCUAACAUGAGCUAUAUGAAGCAAUCUCGAAAAGAUGCCAAGAUCAUUACAGACUACUUUGUAGAUACGAAGUUCAAGGAUGAAGAUCUGCAAGAGAUGGAGGACUUGGCUCAAAAAAUGGAGGCUGAGUUUGGGCAGUUCUUUGACCAUGUGAUUGUGAAUGACAACUUACAAGAUGCCUGUGCAAAAUUGUUUUCCGCAGUUCAAGAGGCUCAGGAGGAGCCUCAGUGGGUACCGGCAGCUUGGAUUUCCUCUGAAACUGAGGCUUCAAGUGGUCUACUGUCCAAUGUUUAA